UGAACCCGAGAUGUCAGAUUAUGAUUCUGAAUCAGAAUUAGAUUAUUCUGAAGAAGAACCUCCAGAAAUAGCAAUGAACAAGGCCCUUAUUAAAAAACCUAUGCCCAAUAAGGAUUUCAUGGCUUCCCACUCACAGCUUCCUUCCCAAAUACCUAGUGCCUCAGAUGACGAGGUUAGUGAUGAAUCAUCUUUUCUCGAAAAGUUAGUUCAGCAAAAUGCACCUGAAGAACUUCCUCCUCCCAUGCCACCUGCUCCAAUUGUUUCUAGUUCUAGUACAAUCAAUGAACCUAGUACAUCAGGUAAACAAGAACCUGGUACUGAAGAAGAUUAUGACAUAGAUAUUAAAGAGAAGUUGAAAGAGAUGGGUGAGAUUAGUUUUGAAACUGUAAAGAAGGGGGAGAAGCCUAAAAAGACUGAAGUAGCUAUAGAGAAUGAAGUUGUGGUCACCACUAAGAAGCUAGGUGUUGACGGAGAAGAAAUCCCUGGUUUACCCAAAGGUAUUGCCUUGAGAAGGAACAUUCGUGAAGUAAUGGAUGAAACCAAACUGGACGAAUCGACAUUAGCUGCUCAAAGACAGGAAGUGGAGCGUCUGAGAAGAGUUCAAGAGCAACAAAGACUUCUGAGGGAACUUCAAAGACAAGCUGCUCAGGAAAGAAUGCAAAAUAGAGUUAUAUCCAUGUUGCAGGGGAAUCAGUUUACAAAACCUGGCAACACUGUAUUGGUAAAACUACCAAAUGGCCAAACCAAACCAAUGACACGUAUCCCAAAACGCCCCUUUGAGUUGCUCAGAGUACCCAAGAAUGCUUCACAGCAACCAAUGAGUGCUCCUCGAUCAAGAAGCCUGGUAACUGCCAAGAAAAUACCAAGCGGUCCAGAUCUAACACCUUCAGUCAGCAUUGCUCCAGUCGCGAAGAAAAUGAUGCCGCCGAUGAUGCACAGGCACAGCGACAGCGAUAGCGAAAGUGACGAAAGGAAAAUUAUGUCUCCUCCAUUAGCGCAAAAACCUAAAGCCAAACCACCUGUUCAGACAAUAGAUAUAUCGUCAGAUGAUGAUUGUAUAGUAGUGUCUGAACCAGAGGAGGAAGAGGAAGAAACUGAUCACGAUGACCCGACAAACUCUGGUAUGCAUACGAAUGAUCAAUUUAACCAACCUGACGAACAAGGAAGGGUGCUGGUGAAUGUGGGACAUCCAGAAGGUGAACCUGAUGUAUUUGUCGCACCACAGAUAGCUAGGAUUAUCAAACCACAUCAAAUUGGAGGAGUUAGGUAUGUUUUACAGAAAUAUUAUAGUAUAUAUCGUCGACGUUUUGGCAAAUAUCAUUAA